AUGCUUUACACGGAACCUGAAGUGGGAAGGUUGUUGAGUUGGUCUCACAAGGUGAACAUCGUUGUUGGAUUGGCCUCUGUGCUGGUUUACCUUCACCAAGAAUGUGAGCGGAGAGUGGUUCACAGGGACAUUAAAACUAGGAACAUAUUGCUGGAUGGAAACAUGAAUCCCAGGUUGGGGGAUUUCGGAUUGGAAAAGUUGAUGGAUCAUGAUAAGAGUCAUGUGUCCACUUUGACGGCUGGAAUAAUGGCCUUAGAUACCUCCUCUUUUUUGUUUCUUGGUGCAGUUUUAUGCUACUGGUGCGAAAAGAAUGUUUCAAUGUUUAUUGAAGCGGUGAGUGCAGUUUUGUUUCUCAGUGCAGAAUUUCCUUCUGGUGUUGAAAGCAUUUGUGGCAGCAAUUUAAGGAAAAUUGGACAGCGUGAUCCAUUCAAGUUUUGGAUUCAUGAGGCUACACAAUUGGCAGCAGUGCAGCAGCAGGCUGAUCCAUUCCUUUUGGCAGGCAUACGUCCAAUUAUACCACGCCAAUCUUGGUUGUUGGCUGGAAUUAUGGUGAUUCUUGCUGCUUUGUGGGGAUGUCUGGAACGUGAUCUUUUGCUGGUUUGGACAGCAAGCAUGAGGAUGUUUGUAGCUGUUUAUGUUGUUGUCUCUCUUCUAUUUAGGAGUGAUUUCUACUGGUUUGGCAGCACGUCUCAUACAUUCUAG